AUGACUCCUGACUUAUUUAGACUACCUGUAACUAUAUCAUUAUUGAGAGUUGUUUAUUCUUCUCAGAAGCAGCUUAAGUACAAGGCUAUUGAAAGUUUUUGGAAUGAUUAUAAAAUUGAGUUACCUAUGUUUAAUAAUAAUUUUCUAAGAAGUGGAAGUGAAUCCUCCUGGGAUAAGGAUAAGAUGCAAUCUUCUCUUGCUGCUCCUGGACCCCAACAUGGACUUGCUCAUACAUCCCUGGCUAACCAGCCAAGCUUUGGGGGUGCUCCUGCCCUCAAUCCACUGCAGCAGAACCACUUACUGACCAAUAGACUGGAUCUGCCAUUUAUGAUGAUGCCUCAUCCCCUACUUCCAGUCAGCUUACCUCCUGCAUCAGUUGCCAUGGCAAUGAAUCAGAUGAACCAUCUCAAUACUAUUGCCAACAUGGCUGCUGCAGCCCAGAUUCACAGUCCACUCUCCAGAGCUGGGGCCUCUGUUAUAAAGGAACGGAUCCCAGAGAGUCCUUCUCCUGUUGCCUCUCUGGAAGAGAACCAUCAUCCUGGGAGUCAGGCUUCCUCCCACCCCAGCAGCAGUGUGUCCAGCUCUCCCUCUCAGAUGGAUCACCAUUCAGAGAGGAUGGAAGAGGUACCAUUUCAAAUUCCAACAAUGAAGUCACCCUUGGACAAGAUCCAACUGACUCCUGGGCAGGCAUUGCCUCCUGGAUUUCCUGGACCACUCAUUUUCGCUGAUAGUCUGUCCUCCGUGGAGACACUGUUGACCAACAUUCAGGGUCUGCUGAAAGUGGCUUUGGAUAACGCUCACAUCCAGGAGAAGCAGAUUCAACAAGAAAAAAAGGAACUGCGAAUGGAGCUCUAUAGAGAGAGAGAAAUUAGAGAAAACCUUGAAAGACAACUUGCAGUUGAGCUUCAAAGCAGAACUACCAUGCAAAAACGUCUGAAGAAGGAGAAAAAAGCCAAGAGAAAACUGCAGGAAGCCUUGGAAUAUGAAUCAAAGCGCCGGGAACAAGUGGAACAAGCAUUUAAGCAAGCCACUACUAGUGACAGUGGCCUGAGAAUCUUGAAAGAUACUGGAAAUCCAGAUGUUGAAAUAGAAAACAAUGGGACUCCUCAUGAUAGUACUGCUGUGCAAGCUUUAGAAUAUUUAGAAACCCUGUUUCAUGUAGAUUUGCCCAUCAUUUUUACAGAACAAAGAAUGUCAGAGCUCAUGGAUCUUCUGUUAAUACCUGUCUCUGCUGAAGUUGAGUAG